AUGGCGGACUGUGCCUCUCUUCUUGAUGAUGAGCUCUCCUUCUUUUACAAAUUCUUGACAGAAAAUGACGGGAGUGAGUAUGGAGAGGAGGUGGGCGGAGAACACUUGGACACAGAUUUCCCAGAAAUUGACCUGUCACAGUUAGAGUCGAGUGAUUUUGAUUCUGUUAACUGUCUUGGAGAACUGCAGUGGUGCAGUGACCAGUCCGAAAUUUCCACGGCUGCCAGCCAUUAUCCCAAGACCGAUUCAGAGCUUUUUGAGAUAGAUGAUGAUAAUGCAGCUCUGCUGGCUGCCCUCACAGAAAGUCUGGACGAGAUGGCUGAGGUGGAUGAGGUGGGGGGGUCGUCUGUGUUCCCCUCAUUGAGUGAGGGGUCUGAGGGGGAUGACGAGGAACCCCCCUCAGAAAAUGAUCCUUUUCCUUCCCCCCCCAGCCCAGAGACAGAAGACCCGUCUCUACUGAAGAAACUGCUUUUGGCUUCUUUCAAUGUGCCUCUCAAUUAUGAUACGCACAGACAAGGCAGCAUUCAUUGCCAUGGCAACAGAAGUGUCAAAUCUAGAUAUUCACGGCCUACAGUAAAGUUCAAUGGCAGCUAUGAGAGAAAGUCCAAAGUCUUCUUGCCACCUAGUCGCCAGUGUACAGAGCUACACCGACACCUUACUUCCUCGCCUGAGGCUGAAGAGCUGCCCUCGCCAUGUAGUGAUGGUGCAAGUGAUUCUGAGGAGGAGUCCUGGAGUGAGGCCGAGAUCCCCCCUUCUCCAUGUGGACUGCAGUUUCAGACAGCAGAGGAGCUGGAUUCUGUGGUGAAUCUGAUCAGGUACAUGCACCCCUACUGCCUUCCCACCCGCAAACACCCUAACCCCAACAGGAAGGAGGAGCGUGAUGGUGCAGCCUUGGCUCAGUCGGAUUGCCUUCCCUCCAGGACAGCACCAGCAGAACCUACAUGGUUGAAGUCGGUUAAGCGUUCAGAAGGCUGUGGCCUUCAUCGGACAAGAUAUGUUCAAAUAAGACCAGUUGAUUCACAUUCUGUCCUCAGGGAGCUUUUAGAGACUGGUACGUCAUUUGACGUCUCUAAGCCUUACAGAAUCUGCAGCCCUCCCUACACCACCCCUGGCUCUCCCAAACAGGGUCUACCUCAGCUCACUGUGAGAAGAGAGCAGCUCAGCAAGGCAGAGUCGCAACCAGCAAACGUAGGCCGUGCAGAGGAUUCGGUCUUGAGCAUAAUGGAAGAGGGAGGGGAGCGAGAGGUUCAGAAACAAACUGCAGAACCAGGAAAGGAAGCAGAAGGAGACUCCUAUUCGGUUAGACGCUCUAGAAGACUGCUGUCCUGUCCUGGACGCUUUGCCAAAAAGCCUCGCAGAGCGUUGGGAAGGCUCAAGGGUGAUAAAGCUACCACAGGAAAUCAAAGGAAGGAGCCAACGCCAGUGAAGGCCAGCUGUCUGCAUUCCCAGGUGCCAGAAGGUCCAAAGCACGGCUCCAUGGUUGAGAAGGAACCUGAAGGCAUGGCUCUUAAUGACACCUCUGCAAUUUUAAACGAGAAGCGCGCCUCCUUGACUCUUCCAUUGACCUCCAAACAUGAGGGAGACACCGCCUUCCCCAGCAAACACUAUGAACAGACACUGAGUGUGGAAUUGUGUGGAACAGCUGGCCUCACACCACCAACAACUCCACCUCACAAAACAGUAGAUGAUGACCUUUUUAAACCAGAGGUGAAAAACGACUGCCCUCAAAAAGGUUCUUGGCUGUCGGUAGGGAGUGGGUUACGGUCACAGUCAAGGAAGAUUCUGGAGCAAACUGAACUGUAUGCAGAGCUGUGCCGAACAGGUACAAUGUCUGAAAAAGAAGACCAGCGACAAGAAGGCAGCGGCCAGACCAUUCAGCGUAUUUUUGGAGAUCACGACUACUGCUUGCAGAGUGCAGGGGAGCGACGCAAGCGAUUGUCUGUUACCACUCUGCCUGGCGGCUGCGCACAUGAAAAUGAGAAAGGCCUGAACAGUGGGCCCCAGAGGCAGCAUAGUCUACUUCCUGAGAAAUUGCACCCAUGCCAGCCAAGCCUGGGGAAUAAGAGCAACACAUUACUGUCCCGCUCAGGAUCACCCCUGGCUCUGUCCCUCAGAAACACCAGGGAGCCUUACCUACGAUCAUCACGGGCACAGGUCUCUGGAAGUUCUACAGUGUGUUGUCAGUCUCGAUCUCCAAGUGGUCGGCAAGCCUUCAGCUGUGAGAAUUCAGAGACCUGUCAUGUGGAAAAACAAAGAAACAAGACCAAUAAUGAGCGUCACAUGCUCUACGUCCAUAACUUGCGAAGCAAUGUCAAGGAGUCUGCACUUUGGCAUCGAUUUGAGGCGCAUGGAGAGCCAAAAGAGCGCAAGGUCACUGUGAAAGACAAAGAGCGAUGUCGACAAGCUGGCUCCACUCCCAAUGACACACAGGACUCACAGACACAACAAAAGAAACGGGAAACCCCUUUCCAGAUCAGCUUUGGGGGUUUGAGAAAGUUCUGUAGAAAACGCUACAUUGACCUGGAUGAAGGUGGACCAGUACCUGUGAAGAGCAAGUACGAUGCCAUGGACUUUGAUUCCCUUCUGAAAGAGGCCCAGAAGAGUCUGCAUCGCUGAGGGGCCUUAACAAGAGACAAGCCUCAGUACCUCAACCAGGGCACCUCUCAAUGUUUACGUGUUAAAAAUCGGGGGGUUCACUUAAAUAUAGGAAAGAAGCAAAGGACUUUGCCUCUUUUGUGUGAGAAAAGAAAAGGAAAAAAAAAAGUUUACAUUAACAAAAGCUGCUUCCUACAUGUUUGUGAAGUCGUGUCAUAGUUGCCCUGUCCCAGCUUCACUGCUAUUAAACGGGCACUGCUGCAUAGCGACAUUUUUGUUUUGUUUUGUUUUUUAAUUCUCUUAUUUUUAUUAUUAUUUUUCUGUUUUUGUCGCUAGUCCCAUUCCAUGCCACCCAACCAGGGUCAUUGUGAAGUGCAUAUGUGUCAGUUUAGUGUCCGCUGGUGGAGUCACUGCUGAAUUUGCCAUCUUGAUGAGCUGCUUUACUGUUCACUAGAGUCGGAUGUUCAACUGUGUGUGUCCUCUUGCAUACUAAGCAAGACCACCGAGAAAUGGGUUUAAAUGUCUAAUAAUUAUGUAGAAAUAUGAAAAGCAAAACACUUCCUGUUUGUAAUUUUUAGUGCUUCCUCGAUGUCAUCUAUGCAGUUGUAAUGAGGUGAUACACAUUUCCUCUUCCCUUGGUCAUUCAGCUUACAUGUGCAGUGCUGGCAGUGCUCACUGGGAACUGAGCCUGUGAGGUGAUUGUCUGUGAGAUUUGAGCACUUGACGCAAAAGUCGCUCUGGCACUUGUUUUGGUGCAAAAAUCGCCUUAAGCCCCAUCGCUGUCUCUGCUAAAUGAACCAAAAAAAAAAAGCGAGCCUGAGACACCUGUGCGCAGCCCACCGCACAAUCAUAACGUCCAUCUGUGCCCCGACUGACUGUCCUCAGUCGAUCAUUGCAAAGCAGUUUGUGAUUACUGAUGUUGCAGCUCUGCUCUCCUCAAACAGUGGUCUCGAGCCUCCAUCAAAAUUUGGGGGCUUGAAAGAUGGCACGUGAGUACGAACAAAAUGCAAAAGCCAGAGUUGGCCUGUGCGUCCCUAAAGAAAGGUGGCACCGCCUGACCUGAAAUGAAACCCGAGCAAUGUAACAAUUGGGGUCUCGUUCGUUACAAAGUUGUGACUAGGAGGUGCAGAUCCCCAUAUCGCUGUCUUACCAGAGGGAAUCUUUCUACCUCAUUUACAAUCUCUAUGUGCGUGUGCGUGUGUGUGUGUGUGUGUGUGUGUGUGUUUGUUAGCCUCUCUCUCCGUGUCCUCACCAAUUAUGUUUACCGAGAGGAGAAAGUGUGCAAACCAUCCUUCAGCACUUGCCUUGUUACUGAGAAUAACUGUUAUCUCAUCUACCUGUUUAACUUCUAAUAUACAUGAAUAUACAAAUAUAUAUAAAGAUAG